AUGUGCGAGACCUACACAGUAGAGUUUGCAUGCGGCUGCACCGACAUUCACUUCAAGUAUACGUGCCAGCCCCAUUGCCCUGGCUCUUCCAUGAUCAAGCAUAAGGAUCCCCAGCCAUUGUCGCAGAAGUGUGAUAUGCACGGUGGACCAUCCACUGAUGCUCAUCACUAUGACUACAAGUAUGUCAAGAAGUGA